CACGCUCUCUUCUGCUGUCUAGUGCCUGGUGAGACGUUGACGUUUGAAGGUUAGGUAUUUAAUGCGAAAAUUCUGCGCUUGGAUUCGGUGACAAAACCUACUCAAGUUCUUCUAUUUGCUUGCUGUUACAGUCUUGAACACGCUUCCUGUAAAAAAUGGCUGAGUUCAUGUUAAAAGAACUCCCUGUUCACAACAGUGAGAACUUCAGUAAAUUUCAAGCUGAUGCACACAAGAGAACAUCUGCUAAGAAGCCACCUGUUUAUGUCCCUACAAAUGAAGACUACCCUUCACUUGAGAUUGUUACGGAGAAGACAAACAUCCUCCUGCGCUACCUUUAUCAGUCUUGGGAGAAGAAGUGUCCACGCCGCAACAAGCGAGAACUGAAUGAGUCUCGCAGCGGGGCUGAUGAUGCUGGCAACAGUCCUAGUAAUGGCAACAACAACCAGUCUGCCAGUUCAUUCAGCCAAACUAGCUCCUCUUCUGGCAGCAGUCUUAGCAGCAGCAACCCCAGCAGCAGCAGCAGCAACCCCAGCAGCAGCAGCAACAACCCCAGCAGCAGCAACAGCCUACAACCACGACACAAGAGGCCUCGGCACGACCACCCCAGCACCAGCAACGACUCCACGUAGCACCAAAGCAUCUAAUUAGCUUACAAUGUACUUGUAUCAAACUCCCUCUUUCUAUUAAGUUCUUUUAUAGGGUCGUAUUAUUUGAAUUCAUUGAAGCGGGAUGGAAUGUGACAAAUUAAUCCUUGACUCUGAGUCUGUUUGUUUACUUUGAUUGGUUUUCUUAAAUUUUCUGUUAUUGCAAUACAUACUUGAGUCAUUCAAUAGAGGUCCAGCUCUAAGCUGUCAUCUUUACUAUGACAAGUCACUUUGAUCUAUGGUGAUAUCUAAGUUAUAAAUACCUUACUUGGCUUUGUUCUGAAUUUUCUUCUGAACUAAACUUGCCUUGGUUGUGAAUGAAAAAUAGAAUCACGAUUAAUAAAAGUGGGUCGGCAACCAUACAGUGGGUGUGAUGUCAAGUGGUCUCAACAAAUGAGGCCUAUUCUGUUUAUAUUAAAUGGCAACCUUUAACCUGUGACCUUUCUAGUGCUGCUCAGGCUACCAAAUUUCCGCAGUAUUUCCAACGUUUUCAAGAAGGUCCCAGGAUAUAUUUAACUUCAUGAUACCUGUUCAUGCAUUGCAAAUUUCUAGCCUGCUGUUGGCGAUAAGUAAACAUGAACUUUUUGAUGAGCGCUUGCUGCUUAUUGUGACUUUGACUGCACACUUGGUGAUUGAUGCUGGUCAAUUAUUUUACUUAAUUGUUUAGAAAAAAAUACUUGAAUCUCUUGUUGGAAUUCAACUUUACAUGAUUAUAUUGCAUGUCUUUAGCUGUCAUUUGUCACCCAAAGUGUUACUUGCACAUGGCAGAUGAAAGCUAAUGGUGGUCUAACACCAGAAGGCAGCCAAAGGAGUUACUUGUAGGCAGAAGGCAGCCAAAGGUGUUACUAUUCGUGGCAGAUGGCAGCCAAAGGAGUUAUUCGUGGCAGAUGACAGCCAAAGGUGUUACUCAUGGCAUAAGGCAGCCAAAGUGUUACCUACUGUUUUAGUCUGAAUCAUCAUUACUGUACGCGAUCGUGGUGUACAGGACAAGAUGGAGGUGCGCUUCCAAGUUAUUGUAUGGCGUAGUUGCUGUAAAAGUACAUGCGUGCAGAGCA